AGGUGCACUGGCUCGCAUCGUGUGUGACGACCUUUUUGGGGUUGCACAGUGUUGGAAAACUUCUGCACUUCCCGUCCAGCCCAGAAUUGGUUUUAUGCUCUGUGCGCUUACUUAGAAGCAUGACCUGGAGUUUACUCCUAAGUAACUGUAACUAGAAGCUGAACAUGCUUUUCUUUGCCUUUCCUGAAUGCUUAACGUAGUCUCUUUCGAUGCCUGACUACAGAGGUGUCUCAAGCCACUUUAGCCAGUGUGGCCCCAGUGUUUUCUGUGAUGAAAUUCGAUAAAGAUGGCAGAGUAAGCUCUUACGAAAGAAAGAAAACAGAAUUGUACCAAGAAUUAAGCCUCCAAGCACGAGAUCUACGAUUUCAGCAUCAAGUAAGCAUAUCGCCCAGGAGCAACAGGAUUAUCAUAAGAAUGGAGUUUUUGAAGGCUGUGGUAACGCCAGAGUAUCUCCUAAUCCUGGACUAUCGUAAUAUAAACCUGGAAAAUUGGCUGAUCCAAGAACUGGCACCUCAGCUAGCUGGAGAAGGUCAACUCGUUACAUGUUCUUUACCAUUUGAAUUCAGAGCUAUUGAAGCAAUACUCCAGUACUGGAUCAGCUACCUACAUGGGAGACUUAAUAACCUGCAGCCUCAGAUUCUUGAGACACUGAAUGCUUUAGUGGACCCUAAGCUUUUGUCUGUGGAUAGGAGCAAAGUCCAUAUCUUACUGCAGAAUGGAAAGAGUUUGUCAGAAUUGGAAACAGAUCUUAAAGUUUUCAAAGAGACGAUAUUGGAAAUCCUAGAUGAGGAAGAAGUAAUAGAAGAGCUGUGUCUAACUAAAUGGACAGACCCACAAGUAUUUGAGGAGAGUCUCGGUGGAAUUGACCAUGCAGAGGAGAUGGAGCUACUGCUAGAGAAUUACUACAGGCAAGCAGAAGACCUUAUCAAUGAAACUCGUGAACUUCGACUAUUGAUUGAUGAUUCUGAAAGCAUCAUCUUUAUCAACUUAGACAGCCACCGUAAUGUGAUGAUGAGACUGAACUUGCAGCUUACUAUGGGCACCUUUUCACUGUCACUCUUUGGAUUGAUAGGAGUAGCUUUUGGCAUGAAUUUAGAAUCAUCAUUUGAAGAGGACCGUAGAAUAUUUUGGCUGGUGACAGGAAUUAUGUUUCUGGGCAGUGGCCUGAUUUGGCGGCGUCUACUUUCAUUCCUUGGACGUCAGCUAGAACCUUCAACCCCUCCACCAAUUCCUGCCUUAUUGAAAAGAACACAGCCAGCAAGUGGGAAAGUGGAAUUUAAAAAUGAUUUCAAAACAGAACCCCCGGGGUCAAGCAGAAGUCCAGUGACUAACCAUUGAUCAGGCCUCUACUGUUUUUUCCUACAAGACUGAACUUUUGACUGUCACCUUGCAUUUCUAAUAAAAAGGUAGCGGUCUUUAUCAUUUGAUUUUAAAAUAUGCCAAAGAUGUGCACCUUGGAACCACCAAAAUCUGCAUGUUUGGAGAAGAAUGCCCAGCAAAAUUUUGCACACUACAGCAGAAAAUCUCAAACAUUCAUGAGCCAUGCAGUCUACGUUAAAAUUCUUCUCUCAUCUGGUGCCUUCUGUGAAAGUUCUGCUUUGGUUUAACCCUUACAAAUGCAAGAAACCUUGUGGCUCUCCUUCAUGGAAUGUGAAGUCUAGUUUAGGAGUAUUGUUUCAUGGGCAUCGUUUCAUAUAGGAAAAAUGAUCCCUAAACCAUGUGCUUCCCUCACUUAGAAAUAGAUAGUCUUAUCCUUCACAGCAAACUCUCUCUGGAAAAUUGAACAGCUUAUUUGAAUGCUAACAAAAGAAGCAUAAGCAGCACUCUGAAUUAUUAGCACAUUCUUCCUUUGUCACUUUUGAAGUCUGCAUUUUAUUUCAAAGUGGUAAUGUCUGCUGGGAUUUAACUUGUUGAGGGGAAUAGAGGUUAAAAAUA